AUGGGAGAUCUCGCAGCUGCAUUUGCUCAAGCCGAACUCACCCCAAGUGUUAUAGACAAUGCCCCCAAGCAGAAGUUGCACCUAACUUGGGAUGGUAUCCAAGUCGAACCGGGAAUGACAAUGUCAACGCGGAAUCUGAAAAACGCCCCUCGCUUUCAUCUUCCUGGAGCAGAUCCGGAAAGUACAUUCUCGCUGUUAAUGAUUGAUCCCGACAAUCUCUCGAGGAAAAAUCCAUCAGUCGCGGAAUGGUUACACUGGCUGGUGGUAAAUAUCCCGGCCAGCAAUGUUCUCGAGGGCAUCAAUGGAGGACAACAUCAAAUGCCCUACGGUUCUCCAGCUCCUCAACCGCGAACAGACAUACAUAGAUAUGUUAUACUGAUGUGGGAGCAUCAGGGAAGGCGUAUCAACGUUCCCAAGCCAUCGACUCGGGCGAAAUUCAAUGUAAAGCAAUUCAUAGAAAAGCACAAAUUGGGUAAGCAACACAUUGCACAUUACGAGUUGAUUUAA